GAUAGCGCUUUUCACUCAAUUUAGUUUGAAAUCAUGACUGUCUGAGAGGUCUUAUAGAAUAUCCUUGUGUUGUAAGACCAUAGACUGCUCGCAUGGUAGCCAGGAACGGGCAGUCUGGACGAGCUGUAUAGUACGCCAUGACACCGUCGACCAACAUCACCCAUCAGCAUUUUCCUAGGACAAUGUUUCGAAUGGAAUUGAAUUUCCCUCUUCUCCACACUAGAGAGGUAUGAUCACAUCAACCCAGUCAAACGUGCCUAUUCUCCUGUUUCUCAGGAUACAUCACCAGCCAGCCCCACAAAAUAUGAUCUCAGCGACUCGACCAUAUGACAUCACAACGUUCAGCAUCUGGUAUAAAGCUCUAUGCAUCUCUCACCACGACCAACCACGCAUACUUCAUUCAACUCAAAUACAAUACUCUAAUUAACCUCACGCGACCUCUUACCCUUUUUUCAAAUCUUCACCCCUCAAAAGGAUAUCACCAAAAUGCCCACAGGAACCCAGAAGUCCGGUAGCUCAUACGCCGGCGGCGGCCAGUCCAGCGUCGGCCAGCCCUCCGUCUACGAGGCUGGCGACCAGCGCAACGAACCCCAGUCUGUCCUUAACGAGCGGGAACGGUACCACGAGGGCCAGAAGGGAAGCCACAGGAUCUUGGAUUCGAAGGAUCAACGCUCGAUUGCCAAUAAGCUCGCUUCUGCGGAGCAGCACCCCAACCGUAACACGCCCUACGACCCUGAGGCAGAGUUGAGCAAGAAAGAUCCCACUGCUCCGGCCACAUUGCACGGCUUUGAGCCCUCGAAGGGAGCCAAGAUCGACAAGGAACUGCAGGAUGACGAUGAGCAACGGCUGAGAGAGAAGGGUAUCAAGAAAUAAAUAAUGGGUCCUUUUGUUUGACCAUAAUGCAAGGGAUAUCUGGAUAUAUCCCUCUCGCAAGAGCUAUCAAUAUUUACUUAACG